AUGAAGUCGCAAACGGACCAAACGGCGGGGACUUUGUCUCAUACAUUAAAUGAGAAACAGAAGGAAGCAUUUAAAGAGCUUUUAGAUGAAGAAUUUAAUAAAGUGAAUAUCAUUGGUUUUAAUUCAGGAAAGUUUGAUUUAAAUUUAAUUCUUCGUGAUUUAAAUACUGCAAAAUGGAAGAUAAAAUCAAUGCUGGGUUCUUCUUCACAAUUUAAGCAAAUCAUUGUAAAGAAAACAAACGUUCCAUAUGAAUUGAGAUUUAUUGACAUCAGAAAUUAUAUAGCGGGUGGAACAUUAGACCAAUUCACUCAAGAUUUCGGAAACAAUAAAUCACGUGUUAAAUCCUUUUUCCCUUAUCAAUUCAUCACAUGGGAGAAUUACGAAGAUGAAUUAUAUAAAAAGGAACCAUUCACUCAAGAUUCAUUUUAUUCAGCAUUAACACAAGAAACAAUAUCCGAUAGUGAUUAUCAAAUAUAUCUCAAUGAUGCUAAAAAUUUUGAGAAUAGAUUAGAAUAG